AUGCUUCCGAAAAUUUUAGUCCAUUUUGAUGUACUUCCCUUUGACUUCACGCGAGACUCAAAAAAUGUCCGCUUCAUGCCCCAUAGUGCGAGUUUCAUAACUUCACACCCGCUCUCCUACUCAAGGAAGGAGACAGAAGUGAAUUGGGACGGAACUAGUUCCUUACUGUCCAAGGAGAUCGAGGCAAAACUGAACAAUGGUUUGAUCGCGGGUCACGCCUACAGUGUCACUGGAGUGGACAGUGUGAAAUACAAAGGACAACUUGUGCCCUUAAUCCGAAUUCGUAAUCCCUGGGGUAACAACUAUGAGUGGCGUGGUGCUUGGGCCGACAAUUCACCCGAGUGGAGGGAAGUGAGCGAGUCGGAGAAGAAGCGUCUGAACGUCAACUUCCGCGGUGACGGCGAAUUCUGGCAAUGUUUCACCAAACUGGAAGUCUGCCACUUGGGCCAGGAGUCUCUAGAUGACGAUCAGACUGUCCAUGGCAAAAAACGCUUGGAGGAAACUUUAUUCACUGGUGAAUGGACAAAGAGUGUCAAUGCUGGUGGAUGUGCCAACUUUAGAGAUACAUUCUGGACUAAUCCUCAGUACAAAAUCACUGUCAUUGACGCAGACCCAACUGAUGACGAGAAUAAGUGCACUCUCGUUAUUGGUUUGAUGCAGAAAAACAUGCGAAGGAAGGGAGCAUCCAAAUUCUUCACCAUUGGCUUCUGUGUCUACCAGAUCCCCGCGGACACUGAGGGCAUUCUUAAGCGCAACUUCUUCAUGAACAACCGUCCAAUUGCCAUUUCUGAGUUCACCAACACACGUGAGGUCGUGCUCAGGUUGAAGGUGCCUGCCGGUACCUACCUUGUUGUUCCCAGCACCUUCAAUCCCAAUGAAGAGGCGCAAUUCAUCGUCCGAUGCUUCACGGAAACUCACAUCAAAGAAUCUGAAUGCGAUGACAAAAAUAGUUUCAAGGGAUUGUCGGAGGAAACACUCAAAAUCAUCAAAGAGACAGAACAAACGAAGAAUGAGGAUGACUAUGUCGACAAGUUGUUCCAUUCGGCUAUGGAUCCAUACACCAAGUCGAUAAAUGCAGAACAACUUCGUGAUAUCUUGAAUAAAUCAUCCAUGAAAAAACAAUGUCUUGAUGCCGAAGGCUUCUCCCUGGAAGAAUGCCGCAGUAUGCUGGCAGCUAUGGAUUUAUCGAGUAAAAAUAACAACUUAACAGGCAAAAUGGAGUAUGAUGAAUUUAAAGCACUUUGGGAGAAUUGCCAGUGCUGGAGAGAUGUGUUUGUUAGUCGUGAUAAGGAUAAUAGCAAAACUCUUAAUGUGGCAGAACUUCGUGAUGCUUUAGGCUGCGCUGGUUUCCACCUUUCUGGUCUGGUGUUCACUGUGGUGGUUCACCGCUUUGUCACCCAAAAUCUCAACGCCGUGACAUUUGAAGAUUGGAUUCUCUGUUGUGUGCGCUUAAAAAAUUGCUUUGACAACACGAAGGCCCAAUUCAAGACCAAUGACGGCAACCUAAUGUUCACACCCGACGACUUUCUUCGACUAAGUAUUAAUCAGUGA